AUGCUCGCGCCUUUGCUCACCAUCGCCACUCUUUUUGCCGCCGCUCCCGCCGCUGUGCGCGCUUCCGCUUGUGUGGCAUUCGACAUUAACUGGAACCUUCUCGCGUUCGGUCUCGAUGGGAAAGACUGGGAUGCUAGUACACAGGAUCAAUGGGGUAGCGGGACUGCGAGUGACAUCACCGCUACUGGACGUCCUCCAUUUGACGGUACCAACACUACCUGCUACCUCUCCCAGUUUUAUAACGCCAUCUACUUCCUGAACGCCGACAAGUCCAACCCUUCCGACGUCUACAUCUAUGACGCCACCGCCAAAUCGUGGUCUGCCCAGACCACCACCGCCGGUUCAUUCGAUUUCACCAACUUCCAAGCCGUCCUUGACCACGACACCAAUGUCAUCUAUGCCGUGUCGAAGGGCGAGCUAUUCGACCUCGACAUGAGUUCUCUGACUGCUGCUACUGGCUCUGCUCUCAGCUGGAAUGACGUCGAGGCUACGCCUUACGGAAGCGACUACGCCCCCGUCAUGGCCCUCGCCCAAAACCAUAUCCACUUCAUUGAUGUCUCCGGUGUCUCCGCCGGCUCUGCCGACAUCUUCGUCAUUCACUUCUCCUACUUCCAACCCGAGGCUCAGUCGUACCCUGCAUCCAGCGGCGACAGCUUCCCCGCCACCCACGGAAAGGCCACCUCCCUUUUCCAAGCGUCCGGCGUCCAACAAGAAUUCGUCUUCAUCCCCGACGACGGUUCCGCAACCUACGUCAUCAACGUCGAAACCAACUCCACCCAAGUCCUCGCCGGGCCCAGCACCAAAGACGCCUCCGCAUUCUACUUCGGCGGCCUCUCCUCCAUCGUCCAACUCGACUCCACCGGUGCCGUCUCCUACCUCCCGUACAACCAGAACGACACCACCGCGAACGCCGCGGCUGCAUGGACCAAGGUCUCCGCUAUCGAGAGCGCUGCACCCCCCAGCUCGAGCUCUGCUAGUGCGUCUGGGUCUGCGAGCGCGACGGGGAGUAAGAGCGGGAGCUCGACGGGGACGAUAUCCGGGGCGACGUCGAGCUCGACGUCGAGUGGGAGUACGAGUGCGGCUGUGGCGGUGGGUGCGUCGAGGGCUGUCGUUGGCGCUGUGGCGGGUGCGGUGAUGAUGGGCUUUGCGGCCCUGUUGCUGUAAAGCGCCUCAAUGGAUGGAGCUUUUUUGUGGAUCCGAUACCUAGUUCUCUGUGUCGUCGACUCGUUUCUGUUUUCCCGUUCUGCAGCAUGGCAUAGUACAUCAUUACCCCCUCCCCACACGCUAACUUACCCAUCAUACUUACCAUUACCAUCAUCCUCCCGGCUCGUUUCUAGUUUCAUGACGAGUCGCCGUUCCGAUCCGUGUGCUGAUUGGUGGUUACUACAUACGCCAAGGUACACACGAGCGCUGCAUACAUAUUUACGAUUCGAGCGGACCCUGACUCUGAUUUCGUACAUACUUAUGGACUCUUUUUUUUCGGGAUUUGUCUCUGCUUUGCUUUGUUUUUUCCCGUCGUUUUGGCGGACAUACUACUUACACCGAUAUCACAAUGGCAUAC